ACUACCCAUCGCCACCAAUCUCAAACGACGCUCUCUCGGGUCUUGUCACCAAAAGCGAUUCUGGUUUUGGCCCGAGAAGUACUUACUUUAGCCGAUGGGCUUCGGAGAAGAGAGAAGGAGAGAAGAAUGAAGCAGCGGAUCGGAUCGAUACUUCCUCUCUGAGUGAAGCCCCCCUGAGAUUCUCUCUGCUCUCCGAUCCGAGCGUCCCAGCUGCGGCUGCCUUGUCAUGUUAAAACCAUCCCUUUUAGCGCGUGUAGAUGUUCAGAGGAUGGCCGAGGAGCAGAACCCACCACCAACCCAAGAACAGCAACAACAACAACAACACCAGCAGCAGCAGAGCCCACGCCAACCGCCCUCCAAAGUCCGUCGCCUUUCAUCAGAUGCCUCAGAGUUGGUAACGAUGGCGGCUCCGUCGCCGCUGGUGCUGGGGCUGGGGCUGGGACUGGGGUUGGAGGUGGGGGGUGGUUACAGCAGGCCGGCCUUCACGUUUCUGCAGCUGCAAGAGCUGGAGCACCAGGCGCUCAUCUACAAGUACAUGGCGGCGGGCGUCCCUGUACCUCUCCACCUCGUCCUCCCCAUCUGGAAGAGCGUUGCCGCCUCCUCCUACGGCCCUUAUCACUACCCUUCUUUCAUGGGGUACGGUAGCUUGUGCUUGGACUACAGGAAUAGCAUGGAGCCGGAACCCGGGCGGUGCCGGAGAACCGACGGUAAGAAGUGGCGGUGCUCCCGGGACGUCGUCCCCGACCAGAAGUACUGCGAGCGCCACAUGCACCGCGGCCGCAACCGUUCAAGAAAGCCUGUGGAAGCAGGACCUGGAGCAACAAGCGCCACCACCACGGCUGCUGCUGCUGCUGCUGCCACUCUCCAAGUCGAAGCCAACAACAAUAGUAAUCGUAACACCGCCACCCAUCUCUCUAUUGCCAUCCCAUCUGCCGGUGGGCUCCAGCUGAUGCCCACCACCAACUCCAGCAGCAGCAGAGGUGGCGGAGGCGGCGGCAGCAACAACGUGUCGCCUGCAAGGCUUGGCUUCUCGCCCACCAGCGUCCUACAGUGCGGCACCGCUUGUAAAACCGCACCUCCUUGAGAGUUUAGACGUUCUCUCUCUCGUUUGUCUUCUUUUCUUCUUUUUUUGUAUCUUUAGCUUUUCAUAUUUUGUCUAGAUGUGUAAGUGUUGGAGGAGAACACCAAGGUCUGCUGGUGUGUCUUUUGGGGGAGAACCCCAUGGGCUGUGACCCUACACACCUCCCAUGAGCCUCUUCUUCUUUUGUUCGUUCUCUAGUAAUGGCAAAGAGUGGUAUGAUUGAGGUCAAAAUGACGUCGUGGGCUUGUUUUGAAGCUUCCAA